GUGGAUUUAGGACGAGAGGGAGCAACUCUUACGGAGAUAAAGAGGGGGGGACACCUGCAGCCAAAAUGGAGGUGAAGACAUCACUUCUAGACAACAUGAUUGGGGUUGGCGACAUGGUCCUCCUAGAACCCCUGUCUGAAGACUCCUUCCUCGAGAACCUGAGGAACCGCUUUGACCACAAUGAGAUCUACACAUAUAUUGGCAGUGUGGUGAUCUCCAUGAACCCCUACAGGUCCUUGCCCAUCUACACGCCAGACAAAGUGGAGGAGUAUCGCAAUAGGAACUUCUAUGAACUUAGCCCACACAUCUAUGCUUUGGCAGAUGAGGCUUACCGUUCACUGAGGGACCAGGACAAGGACCAGUGCAUCCUCAUCACAGGAGAGAGUGGGGCUGGGAAAACUGAGGCCAGUAAGCUGGUGAUGUCAUAUGUGGCAGCGGUGUGUGGGAAGGGCCAUGAGGUGAAUAAGGUCAAGGAACAGCUGCUGCAGUCCAAUCCCGUGCUGGAGGCCUUUGGAAAUGCCAAAACAGUGAGGAAUGACAACUCUUCCAGAUUUGGAAAGUACAUGGACAUUGAGUUUGACUUCAAAGGAGAUCCUCUAGGUGGAGUCAUCAGCAACUAUCUGCUGGAGAAGUCACGGGUGGUGAAACAGCCAAGAGGAGAGAGGAACUUCCACGUCUUUUAUCAGCUCUUGUCUGGUGCCUCCGAUGACACACUCAAGAAGCUGAAGCUGGACCGGGACUUCAGCAAGUACAACUACCUGAGCCUGGACUCUACCGCGGUCAAUGGGCUGGAUGAUGCUGCUAACUUCAGGACAGUCCGCAAUGCCAUGCAGAUUGUGGGCUUCAUGGAGGACGAGGUGCAGUCGGUGCUGGAGCUGGUGGCGGCCGUGCUGAAGCUCGGCAACAUUGAGUUCAAGCCAGAGUCGCGCUGUAACGGCACCGACGAGAGCCGCAUUAAAGACAAGAACGAUUUGAAGGAGAUGUGUGAGCUGCUGGGGAUCGAACAGUCAGUGCUGGAAAGAGCAUUCAGCUACCGCACAGUAGAGGCUAAGCUGGAGAAAGUGUCCACUACCCUGAAUGUGGCCCAGGCCUACUAUGCCCGAGACGCCCUUGCCAAAAAUCUCUAUAGUCGUCUGUUUAGCUGGCUAGUUACCAGGAUCAACGAAAGCAUUAAAGCACAGACUAAAACUCGCCACAAGGUCAUGGGUGUGCUUGACAUCUAUGGCUUUGAGAUAUUUGAGGAUGGAGACAACAGCUUUGAGCAGUUCAUCAUCAACUACUGCAACGAGAAGCUGCAGCAGAUCUUCAUCGAGCUGACCCUGCGGGAGGAGCAGGAGGAGUACGUCAGAGAGGGCAUCGAGUGGACCAACAUUGAAUAUUUCAACAAUGCUAUUAUCUGCGACCUCAUUGAGAAUCACCAAAAUGGCAUCUUGGCCAUGUUGGACGAGGAGUGCCUGAGGCCGGGGACAGUCACCGACGAGACCUUCCUGGACAAACUGAACACCAUCUGUGCUGAACACCAGCACUUUGAAAGUCGCCUCAGCAAAAAUUCAAAGUUCCUCACCGACCACAGCCUGCCACACAAUUGCUUCCGCAUCCAGCACUACGCCGGAAAGGUGCUGUACCGUGCCGAGGGAUUUGUAGACAAGAACAACGACCUGUUAUACCGGGACCUGUCACAGGCCAUGUACAAGGCCACUCACAGCCUCAUCAAACAGCUGUUCCCUGAGGGCAACCCAGGCAAAGUCAACCUGAAGAGACCACCGACCGCUGGAUUCCAGUUCAGAGCAUCAGUGGGUACGCUGAUGAGGAACCUGCAGACCAAGAACCCAAACUACAUUCGGUGCAUCAAGCCCAACGACAAAAAGGCAUCCCACAUCUUCACCGAGUCUCUGGUCCGCCAUCAGGCGCGCUACCUGGGCCUGAUGGAGAACGUCCGUGUGAGGAGAGCGGGCUAUGCUUUCCGCCAGGCCUACGAGCCCUGCCUGGAACGCUACAAAAUGCUCUGCAAACGGACCUGGCCCCAUUGGAGAGGACCUGCCAGGGAAGGAGUGGAGGUGCUGAUGGCCGACCUCCAGGUCCCAACAGACGAGUUCUCCUAUGGGCGCUCCAAGAUCUUCAUCAGGAACCCAAGAACGCUCUUCUUCUUGGAGGAGAGGAGGAGGCAAUGCCUGCAAGACCUGGCCACACUCAUUCAGAAAAUCUACCGUGGCUGGAAGUGCCGCAGCCAGUUCCUGCUGCUGAAAGAGAGUCAGAUAGUGGUGGCAGCAUGGUACCGCCGAUAUGCGCAACAAAAAAAAUACCAGAAGAUCAAGAGCGCCACCACUGUGGUGCAGUCCUACACCAGAGGAUGGCAGGCCCGCAAACUCCUGAGAGAGCUGAAAUAUCAGAAGAGAUGUGAAGAGGCAGUGACCACCAUCGCAGCCUACUGGCAUGGCACCCAGGCUCGGAUGGAGCUGAGACGUCUAAAACAAGAAGCGCGGAAUAAACAUGCUGUGACAGUAAUUUGGGCAUACUGGCAGGGAACCAAGGCCCGGAGAGAGCUGCGUCAGCUGAAGGAGGAGGCGAGGAAUAAACAUGCCGUAUCGGUCAUUUGGGCCGGCUGGCAGGGCACCAAGGCUCGCAGGGAGCUGAGGAGACUGAAGGAAGAGGCCAGACGUAAGCAUGCUGUCGCUGUGAUUUGGGCCUACUGGCAGGGACUCAAGGUCCGCAGAGAGUACAGAAAAUUCUUCCGGGCGAAUGCUGGCAAGAAGAUCUAUGACUUCACCAUCCAGAGAAUUAUGCAAAAAUACUUCCUGGGCCUGAAGAGCACCAUGCCCUCCAUGUCACCCAUAGACAAGAACUGGCCUGCCAGGCCUUACCUCUUUCUGGGUGGAGUCCACACAGAGCUGCGGAGAAUCUUCCAUCUCUGGAGGUGCAAGAAAUACAGGAGCCAGUUCACCGAGGAGAAGAAGGCAGUUUACGAGGAGAAGCUGGAGGCAAGUGAGAUCUUCAAGGAUAAAAAGGCUCUCUAUCCAAGCAGCGUGAGCCAGCCCUUCAAAGGAGACUACCUGGAGAUCAGCAAGAACCCCAAAUAUCAGAAACUCAACAGCGCCAUGGAUGAGAAGGUUCUGUUGGCUGAUGUGGUCAACAAGAUUAACAGGGCCAACGGCAAGGGCACAGCUCGGAUCUUUCUUCUGACUAAGAAGAGUGUCGUCCUCGCCGACCAGAAGACAGGCCAGGUGAAGGCCAGCGUUCCUCUGCCAGACCUCACUAGUGUGUCAGUCAGCACACAGAGUGACGGCUUCUUUGCUCUCAGACUCAAAGAGGGGUCGGCCUCCGCCAUCAAAGGAGACUUCUUACUCAGCAGUGAGCAUCUGAUUGAGAUCAUCACAAAAAUCCACCGCAUCGGAGCCACGGCUGCAGACAUGGAGCAGCUCAACAUUGACAUCUCAGAUGAGUUCCUGGUGCAGUUCAAGCAGGACAAAGUAUGCGUGAAAUUCAUCGAGGGCGCCCCCAAGAACGGCAACAGCGUGUCCUGCAAGCGCAAGAACAACCGCCUGCUGGAGGUGUCUGUGCCAACAUCAGCAUAGUGCAGCUCCUUCGCCAGCUCUCCAGUGCUGUUCCUGAGUGCUCGGAUUGGGGGCGAUUAAACGCUGAACCACCACCCACUCCAAAGUUCUCGUCUCAAGGACCCAUCCCCCCACUGCCCACCCUGAGCCCAAAAAUGACAGUAGUGCAGUUAUUUGGCGUGUUGUUGUUUUUCCUUCAGUCUCUUCUUAUCAGAUUUACUAUGGCACCACUAUAGCUGUAACCAGUUGUGCCAGUUUUUUUUUUGGCAAAGAAAGCUCUUAUCUGGGUUGCAUGCCACAUAAAUUUGGUCAAAUGUUUCACUGGUGUUUUGUAAAACUGGGGUCAAGAGUUGAAGAUGGAUGGGGGGAAAAAAUCUAGGUUGAGCACAAGAGACUUCUGUAUACCAGUGGUAAUGUUGAUAAUGAUUGUUCUGUCGUCUUCAGAGAAAAAAACUUUGUGACAAGCUCCAGCCUCAACUGGCCUUGACUCAUCCAGUUUUAAGCAGCUCUGGUUUUACGCAGAUGGCUUAGAACUUUAGAUGAACUGGGAACUUUUGGGCUUGGCCUGUCAGAUUAAGUUUCUCUGAAGAUCUUAAAUACUGCACUUGUUUUCACCUCGGUGUAACCAAAAGAGGAUGACCUGAAAAUGAAUUUGAUUGUAUGUUGUAUUAUUUUCUAUAUAUAUAUUUUUUUUUCCCCCUCUGGGGGGGAAAAAGUACAGUGGGCAGUUGAGAAGUCAAUGUAAUUUGCUAGAUAAUUGUUAAAUCACUUUUGUAUCCACAAUUCCUAUGUGCCAUUGAACAGGUCCCAUGACGUGUCACGUGUCAGUGUACAAAUACAAACAUAGAAACACCAUGUAGGUGAUGCACCCUGUUCUAUUACUAUUUUUGACAAUACAUUGCCAAACUUUUUUGAAUAGGGGGGCUUGUCAACCUGUUGUGGCAAUUUCUUGUAAGUUUUGACAGCACUGCACAUGUGAUCAACUUCCAUUUCCUCUACAAGCACAGUACAAUUUGCAAUCCUUUCCAAGCUUUGUAGAUGAAAUAAAGAGUUAUAGUAAACUAAAUUCCUAUCAUUAACUCAUAGAAUGUCAUAUAUGACUCAAAGACCUUCUCCAUCCAGAAGAAGCCAAGAUACCCACACCUUCCAUAACAUCUUCACUAUAUUCAAAGCUUUCUCUGGUGCAAAGUGGAAAAAGUGAUAUUGAGCUUUUAUUUUGUGUGCAAUAAAUAAAAUGCUUUGUCUCAAUUAUUCCCUUUUUCAAUAACACAGUAGUGAGAACCCAUAGCAGUUGCCCUCACUGUACCAUAGGCUGUACAUAGGCUCUAGAGGCUGUAGCCGUGGCAUGGACAAAGGGUUUCUUUAGUAUCCUAAUUUUAAUUGCUGUGUUUGUGAAAUAGCUGUCCUUGCCACUGCAGCUUGAGUUAUUGUAGUGCUUGACCCACUCUGACCUAAUGUGUAUUUUUCAAGAGGAAAGACUAAAUAUUAAGCGCACAUGGCCAUAGAUUCUUGAUGUAUCUCAAGAAAUCGACCAGUUUCAGCUUUUACAACCCUCUAAUACACGCAUAUUUACACACAGACCAAAUCUGAUUUUCAAAGAAGCAACGGAGUGCUAUGUUUUCAGGUAUGUCGACUAUAAUAAUCUUUAUUUGGAUGUACUGGUAACCAUAUGUUUCUCUGGUGACUGUGAGGGAAUAACACAGCCAAAGUUGGUCUAGUCAUGUUUUACAAUUUGGGGUAACUUGGCUUGUAAGUUAUUGUAUUUUUUUAAUGUCACGCAUGACACAGGAACUUGAGAAAUCAAUUGUUGCUGUCCCUUGCACGCGAAUGAUUGAGCUGAAUGCCAGUUUUGAUGUAUUCUCUUCCUUGGCACUGCACAGUUUCAAUGUGCCACCCCCACCGGCGCGCUCUGUCUCUCCUGUUUCGUAUUUCAACAAUGGCUAGAACUUCUAAAUGAUGUCUGCAUUCAUGUGUGCCUAAUGUUAACCUGUGUGCUGAGAGACAGAACAUGGACAUGUUUCAAUAGAAUUCAGUGUAACAUUUACAAGUAAUCUUUUUUAAAUUAAAUAAAAGUCAGUAAUUAAAUGUUA